AUGUCGCUUGGUCCUCAAGCUCCGGUGGUCGAGAUGGACUCACUCUUCGUCUCCAAAUUGAACGCUUCCAAAACAAAGCUAGCAGCCAACUGGGACAUCAUGGUGACAAUAUGGAACCCAAGCCUGAUUUCGAAAAUCUACUUCAACCGCGUGGAGGGUUUGAUAUCGUACAAAGAUACAGCACUAUCUACAAAUUCAAUGGAGCCAUUCACGUUGGGAUUGAAGGAGCAGAGAGCGAUCAGAAUGAGGUUUUCGACAACGGGGUUCGAGGGAGACCAACCGGUUGUGAAAGGGAGAGUUUCUCAGAUGAUUAGGAAAGACUAUGAAGGCGGAUUGACAGUAAGAUUUAACAUGCAGAUAAUGGUUUGGGCUACGUAUAAAAAUGGGUGGUGGGGAACACAGCGUGUGAUGAUGAAUCCUACGUGUAAUGAUAUGAGGGUUAGGUUUUUGCCUGGUGGAAUUGGUUUUGGAAGAUGGCUUGGUGAAAACCCCAUGACAUGCUCGGUUCCUCUACUAAUUCUCUGA